AAUUGAUGAAGUUCAAUACCCUAGACCCAUAAGAAAAAAGGAUGAGAACCACGCAACCAAUUCUCAAAAACUACAAGAAGAUUGUAACUGGGGAAAUUUUGCUAGAGGAGCCGUCUAUGCACUGCAGAGUAGGGGCAACUCUAUUACUCAGAUUAAUCCAUUGGAGUACCAUUGCUAUGGUUGCAUCCUUUGGGACAAUACUAAUAGGCAUCAUAGGGUACAUUAGUGGUUCUGAAGGUUUUGACAGUUCAGGACUUAGUUCUUCUGCUGCUGUUGGAGUUGCCUAUCUAUUGGCUUUGGAAAGUGCAAAUAGCUUAACUAUAUCUCCUACUGAAAACAUUGAAUAUGAUAGGCUGAUUGAAAAUGAAUAUUUUGGCCUGAGAAAUGGCAUACUGGAUCAGUCAGCAAUAUUGCUUUCAAGCCAUGGUUGCCUAAUGUGUAUGAACUGCAAGACUAAAGAACACAAGCUUAUAUGCCCAACGAAGUUGCAGAAAUCAUUCAAAAUACUAGUGGCAUUCUCAGGCCUUAGAAAUGCUUUGACCAAUAACCCUGGGUAUAAUCGUCGGGUUGCAGAGUGUCAAGAAGCUGCGACAUUUCUACUAAAAGCUUCUGGCAAUGACAAGAUGGAGCCUUUCCUAUGCAAUGUUGAACCAGAAGCAUACGAAAUGUACAAGGGAAAGUUAGAACCCAUACUAGCCAAAAGAGCAGGACAUUAUUUCUCGGAAAAUGCACGGGUUAUGAAAGGACUUGAAGCUUGGGCUUCUGGCAACUUAGAAGAAUUUGGGAAGCUCAUUUCAGCCUCUGGUUUAAGUUCUAUUCAGAACUAUGAAUGUGGUUGCGAGCCCUUGAUCCAACUAUACAAGAUUCUUCUGAGGGCUCCUGGCGUAUUUGGUGCACGGUUUAGUGGUGCUGGAUUUAGGGGAUGUUGUAUUGCAUUUGUUGAUGCUGACUUAGCAGCAGAAGCUGCUUCUUUUGUUAGGGAAGAAUAUCAAAAGGCUCAGCCUGAAUUGGCUGCUCAAAUCAACCCGAACUCAGAUGUAAUGAUAUGCGAAGGAGGUGACGCUGCUCGCUUGAUCUGAUUGAAGCAAUUCUUUCAGAAUCUUCUUCAUGGCUUUUGUAUGCAAGUUGAUUGUAAUCAAUAUAAGAAUACCGAAAAAACAUUCAAGGGAUAAGUACAAAUCAUUUGACUAUCAACCGAAACAUUCUUUUUAUACAUUGAAAUACUGUAUUCUUAUCCAUAUAUAACUCAUAUUCCAGUGUCCUAUGAUUGAUAGAUUGAGAUGGUUUUUCAUUUCUGAAAUAAGAUAUUGAUUCUUUCUGGGUUUACAA